CGGGACGCCCUCCGCUCGCAGAAGCCGCCGCGCGUCGGGAUGGGGCCGGGCCGCCCCCGUGAUGCAGGGGCCCAGCCGGGCCGGGCUGCUCCCGCCCGCCCGAAGAGGCACAGCCGGGAGCCUGGGCCUGGCUCCCGCCACUGGACCAAGCGCCUGCUGGGCUUCGAACCGGCCGACCUCUCCAGCUGGCAUCGCUUCGUCUGCCUGUUGAACAGGCCGACCGACCCGGCUUCCCUGGGCAUCUUCCGCUUCCUCUUUGGGAUGCUGAUGGCGUUGGACAUCCCGCAAGAGCGGGGCCUGAGCUAUCUGGACCGCAAAUACCUGGAUGGGCUGGAGGUGUGCCGCUUCCCCCUUUUUAACUUCCUGGAACCACUGCCGCUGGACUGGAUGUACCUCGUCUAUACAGUCAUGCUCCUGGGUGCGUUGGGGAUCAUGCUAGGCUGCUGCUACCGGCUGAGCUGCCUGCUCUUCCUGCUGCCCUACUGGUACAUCUUCCUCCUGGACAAAACAGCCUGGAACAACCACUCCUACCUGUACGGCCUGCUUGGCUUCCAGCUCCUGCUCCUGAAUGCAAACCGCUACUGGUCGAUCGAUGGACUCUGGAAUCCACAGAAGAGAAAUGCCCACGUCCCACUGUGGAACUACACCGUGCUGCGCAUGCAGAUCUUCAUUGUGUAUUUCAUUGCGGGCAUCAAGAAGCUGGAUGCCGACUGGGUGGAGGGCUACUCCAUGGGGCCCCUCGCGCGGCACUGGCUCUUCGGCCCCUUCAGGCUGGUGCUUUCGGAGGAGAUGACCAGCCUGCUGGUGGUGCACGGCGGGGGGCUCGCGCUGGACCUGACGGCCGGCUUUCUGCUCUUCUUCGACGCCACACGUCCCGCUGCCCUUUUCUUUGUCUCGUACUUCCACUGCAUGAAUUCCCAGCUCUUCAGCAUCGGCAUGUUCUCGUACACCAUGCUGGCGAGCAGCCUGCUCUUCUGCUACCCGGACUGGCCACGCCGCCUGAGUGCCAGGCUGCCCAGCGGCUUCCAAAGGCUCCUUCCCCUCGUGGAGCUGCCCCAGGCCAGCCAGGAGUGUGUGUACGGGGAGGCCGAGCCUGGGCAGCAGAGAGCAGGCAGAGGGAGGCGGAGGCCGGGGCUGCGGCAGAGGCUCGGGGCCCUCUUCACGGUGCUGUACGUGCUGGAGCAGUUCUUCCUGCCUUACUCACACUUCAUUACCCAGGGCUACAACAACUGGACAAACGGGCUCUACGGCUACUCGUGGGACAUGAUGGUGCACUCCCGCUCCCACCAGCACGUGAAGAUCACCUACCGCGAUGGCCUCACGGGGGAGCUGGGCUACCUGAACCCUGGGGUCUUCACCCAGAGCCGGCGCUGGAAGGACCAUGCGGACAUGCUGAAGCAGUACGCCACCUGCCUCAGUCGCCUGCUGCAAAACUACAACAUCUCGGAGCCAGAGGUCUACUUUGAUGUUUGGGUCUCCAUCAAUGACCGCUUCCAGCAAAGACUCUUUGAUCCGCAUGUCGACAUUGUGCAGGCAGAAUGGUCCCCCUUCCAAAAGACACCGUGGCUGAAGCCCCUUCUGGUUGACCUGUCACCGUGGCGGACAAAGCUGACGGAGAUCGAGAACUCAUUGGAUAACCAGACUGAUGUGGUCUUCAUUGCCGAUUUCCCAGGCCUGCACCUGGAGAACUUUGUCAGCGAGGACCUGGGCAACACCAGCCUCCACCUGCUGAAAGGGAAAGUCGCCGUGGAGAUCGUCAGUGCACAGAAGAACUAUACACUGCAGGAAGGAGACAGGAUACAGCUGCCACCGGGAGAAUACCACAAGGUCUUCACGCUGUCCCAGGAGCCCUCCUGCUACAUGUACAUCUAUGUCAACACCACCGAAGCAGCCCUGCAGCAGAAUUUCACGCACCUGCAGGAGCUACGGGAGAAAGUGCAGAAUGGGACUGAGACAGAGCCUCUUCCCCCAGAGCUGCAGCCCAUCUUGGAUGGCUCCCUGGAAAACCUGACCCAGACAGACCCGGUGGUCGAGGCAUUCCUCCGGCGGCAGCGGCGCAUGGAGGAGCUGCAGAGGCGGCGCAACGCCACACUGGUUGAGCGUUUCCACCGCUUCGCAGCUAAGAAGUACUUCAUUUUCCGCAGGAGCCUUCUGAUGACAGGGAUCUCGCUUCGGAACUUAGUGUGGGGUCGCCCGUCCCUGGAGCAGCUGGCCCGCGAGGUGGCCUAUGCCGACAUGCGGCAGGAGGAAGACCCCGCGGCUGGCAGCCAGGGCACGGCGCCAAAAGAGCCGGAGCGCUCGGAACUCUGAGCUGGCUGCCUCGGCCAUGCCCCGGCCACCCUGGGCAGCCUCGGGCAAGGCCCGCGGUCCGGCUCGUGCUGGCUGCGUGCAGCACGGAAGAGGCCCUGGCUCGCCCCCGUGCAAGGCCCUGCGUCUCUCGUUUGUCCUCGGGGCAGCUGAGAGGACAGUCACGGCGGGCUGCCUCACUUGAGGGGAUCUCCUGAGCUGCAGCUCCCCAGGCGCUUGGCGAUGCUCGUUCCCAGCUGGGAGCGGGAGGCAGGCGCUUGGUCUGCACCAGGAGCCUGCCACCCACAGUGAGGCGGUGCCUCCAUUAGCCCGAGCAAGACUUCCAGCUGACUGCUCCGGGGAGACACCACAAACCGAGGCUGCACCAUCUUUGGAGCGGCAAGGGGGUCCCCCACACCCCCUUCCCCGAGAGCCUGUCGCCACGCACACCCGCUGUCGACCCUCGAUGUGGCCAUCCAGGCAGCCUGAAGUGCCUCGGCAGUCUGUCCAGUCUAGAAAAGGCAAGAGUGUGGCCGACCCAGCGUGACUUACACCGCAGCCUCUCAUUUCUUAUUAAAAAGUGCGUUGUGCAAA